GGCGUGCACAGACCAGGUGAGCACCAGUCGCAUAUCCCGGCAGCACACACUCGUCCCGUCUGAACAGUCAUGAUGUGCAGCGCAGUCCUCGGCCUGACAGUGCUGGUGGCAGCGGCGGCGGCGGCGCCCAACAACGCCUACUGGAACUGGAACCCGUCCUAUAGCGCGCAAUUCGGCCGGUUGCCUCAGACAUUCGGCAACGCGCCCCAGCACGGCACGUUCGGAUCUCGUCAGGAUGUCGGUGUCUGCAGUCUGCCCAUCAAGAAAGGUCCCUGCAAGGCGGCUUUCGACCGGUUCGGUUUCGUGAACGGCGUCUGCCGUCCUUUCCUCUACGGCGGUUGCCAGGGUAACGGCAACAACUUCGUAACGCCUCAGGAGUGUCAGCGCGCCUGCGGCAGGGGCAGAGUCGGCAGGGGCAACUUCUGAGCUCCUGGUACGAAACCAGACUACAUGAGAGAGAGAGAGAGAGAGAGAGAGAGAGAGAGAGAGAGAGAGAGAGAGAGAGAGAGAGAGAGAGAGAGAGAGAGAGAGAGGCGGAUACACCGCGGGUCUCAGCCGGCCCAACUCACGCGCUAUGGAUGAAUGCUGUGUUUACUUAUCAAAGAGAAAAGUUGACUGAACGGGUUCGGUUUGGAGUUGUGGCCCUAUGUGCGUGUCAAGCAGACAAGUCUGAGCUGUGAAUGUAUCAUAAUAGUGGAUCUAAAAUGCUGAUGGUGACUCACACCCCAUGACGUAUUCCACCAGCGGUAUUUAAGUCUGAUUCUGACUAUGUGCGUCGUAGGGGAAAGUGGGGUAAGACGGUCAAGGUAGGUAAGACGGGCACCCCCUCUGCAGACCAAACCAAUAGCGCUACGAGCGAGAAAAAUUAGGACCAGAAUAGCCUUUCCCACUACACACCGCCAUUGAAGUCUGGUGAAUUUGUGUUCGGUCAAUAAUCUUUUAUUUUGAUUUCUUUAAAACACUCAUUUCAUUGAAAACAUUCAUAAUGUAUUGUGCAAGCUUUUGUGUGCAGCACUAUAGAGUUAAAAACUGGCAAUCACUUGUGGCACACUCAUAUGCCUCCAGUGUUCAUUCACCGCGGAUUUGCUUUGUCUGCAUCAAAUUGUCCACAGAGAAAAAUCGUGCUGAACUUCUGACAUUGAGUUUGGGGUAAGACGGGCAACUAUGAAUCCGAUGGGUCUGUAAUGGUAAAAAUAUUUUUGUUGCUGUAGGAAAAAAGAAGCAUUUCUGAUAAGAAUAUGUUCGAUUCCGAUACUCACAGACAUGUUAGCAAUAUUCCUUCGGCACAGUUUAUUCUCGAAUAAUGAAUGUGAAAAACGGCUCUACAUGGCUUCUGAACUAGGGCCUAUAUACGAGUAUACGCCUUCUGCACGAAUCUCGUAUACUGCCAUUUCCGAAGCACUUGAGACCAACGAGCGACUGUAUCAAUGCGGCUAAUCUCGGGCAUUUGCUGCGAGCUGUGCUGGUCGGUGAAAGAAGCUGGCCGUCUUGCCCUACCCAUGUGACCGUCUUACCCCAUGGAGUGGGGUAAGAUGGGUUUUUGCAAGGUUUUGCAAAAAUAGCUGCAGUUUAUUUGUUGAGUCAGGUCUAAGUCUCAUCUUCUGGCAAAUGGAAGUAAAAUGUCUGUAAAAGGUUUUCACUCAGUUUCCCGUUUCUAUGAUGUUUCUAACCGGCCGAAAAAUGGCUCCAAAGUUAAGGUGCCCGUCUUACCCCACUUUCCCCUAUGUGUGCGCGUUUAUAUUCAUGUCAGUGUGACUUGUGAGUGUUUUUUAUAUUUAGUUUCAUGCAUUGCCUUGAAAUAGAUGUUAUACAUCAUUGCAGUGUUCGCCACGGGCCGCAAAAUCCUAGUCCAGCCCAGCCCAGGCCCAUGGGUACACAGCCCGGCCCAGCCCGAGCCCAUUCAUGGUAAAAGUGUCAAAGCCCAGCCCGGCCCAACCCGUCAAAAAUGAAUGGGUUAAAAAUCAUUGACACCGCACAGGUACCCAAAGGUAGCAAAGAAACAAUAUUUUGCGAGCCGCAUACACAAUGCACAUUGCGUGCGUGCUUUAUUGACUCGUUUUUGAGUCUUGCACAGUAAUAAGCUAUGUAGUUAUAGUUUUUGUCUCAGUUGUGAGCCCCUGACUCCACUUAACAGUUCAUGGCCCAGCCCAUCCACAGCCCAUCGAUCCUUCAUAUUUGAGGGCCCAGCCCAGCCCGUAGCUCAGCCCAGCCCAUGGUCCAUUGGGCUGGCCCGGCCCAUGGCGAACACUGCAUCAUUGCACAGAGCAAAUGCCUGAUUCAUGUGUCAUGGUAGUCAUCCCUUAUUCAUAAAUGACGCGCUUUCCAUCUUGCAAUGUGAUGUAUGUACAAGUAUAUCAUUUUGUUAUGGGAAUAAAGCUCACUAUUGA